CCGCAUCAUUUCUAUCUUGUAGCUCGCAACCUCACAAAAUGCACAUUUCGACGACGGCGGAAUGUGUGGCCUCAAAAGAGAAGUAACACAGGAAGUGAGUUGGGUCUCGUUGAGACCUCGGUAAAAAGUCGCCCAAACGCUCUUGACUCGACACAUGUCACCCUCGCGACUGGGCGGCUGAUAUUUUGUUGCCCGCAGCGCUUUUUCCACAGCGUCAGGCUGGAGGGAGGAGGACUGGCGUCCAGUCUGCUCAGGAGGAUUUCGGCCAGGAAGUCGCACCAGUGUGGUAACAGCCCUCGAGCUCACGACGCCAACGACAUGCGGGUCGGAGACGAGAGCGGACCGGGGAGGCUGAGCCGUCGCUUUUCCCGCUUGAGCGGCAGGCGACAAUCCAGGGCGGUGGGUCAACCCGACAGAUCUCCCGCGCCGCUCCCGGGCCCACCGGCUCGGCAAGGUGACCGGCCUCCUCUACCAGACCCAGCCCCACCUCCAGCACCGGUUGUGCCUCGAGUUCCAUCCCCAGCUCCGGUGAACCUUGCCCCAGCCCGGAAAAGUCCUCCCAAACAUCCAGACAAAGCUACCAAGCCCAAACUGCCUCCUCGACCUCUUUCCAAAGUGUUCAGCAGUACUGAACACGGCUCAGCUGUGCUACAGGGUUUGAAUGCUUUCCGGGCAAGUGACAUCUUGUGCGAUGUGGUGCUGGUUCCCGGAGACAGUCAGGAAACUUUUCCAGUCCAUCGAGUCAUCAUGGCGUCAUGCAGUGACUACUUCAAGGCCAUGUUCACAGGGGGAAUGCGCGAGACGGAUAUGCGCGAGAUCAAGCUGCAUGGUGUCACCAAGUUGGGCCUCAAGAACAUUUUAGACUUCAUCUACACAUCCAAAGUCAGCCUGGACAUGGGCAACCUUCAGGACACCUUGGAGGCCGCCAACUUCCUGCAGGUCAUGCCGGUGCUCAGCUUCUGCAAUCGGCUCCUGAUCAGGGAGAUCACGGUUGAUAAUUGCGUGGAGGUGGAGCGCAUCGCAUCUGAUUUACUCCUGGAGGAUGUACAGAAGAACAUUGCUGACUUUGUGAGCCACAACCUGUCCGCCCUGGUGCAGUGCGGGCGCUACCUGCAGCUCUCGGAGAAAACCAUCGUUGGAGCCCUGGUCAGCAACUCUCUGAAGGGCUUCUCCGAAAUGGAGCUUUACCACAUCGCCAAAGGCUGGCUGGCUCACGACUUGGCCGAGCGCCGCCAUUCCGUCUACGCCCUGAUGCGUCACAUCCGCUUCCCUCUGAUGAGCCCGUCCGACUUGAUCCAGAUCUCCCACCAAGACGACGAGCGGGACGAUGAGAGCGACUCGCUGAUGCGUUCCGACACCUCCUGCGUCAACCUGCUGCUGGAGGCCAGUAACUACCAGAUGAUGCCCUUCAUGCAGCCGGCCCUCCAAAGCGAGCGCACGCGCAUCCGCUCGGACGCCACCCACAUCGUGGCGCUGGGCGGCGUCAUGCGGCAGCAGCUGGUGGUGAGUCGUGAGCUGAGAAUGUACGACGACAAGACGGGUCACUGGAGAGCCCUAAGGCCCAUGGAGGUGCCUUGCUACCAGCACGGCGUGGCCCUGCUCGGCGGCUUUCUCUUCAUCGUCGGAGGUCAGAGUACGUACGACACCAAAGGUAAAACGGCUAUCGAUAGCGCCUACCGCUACGACCCACGCUUCAACGUGUGGCUUCAGAUCGCUUCGCUCAAAGAGAAGAGAACCUUCUUCCACCUGAGCGCUCUGAAGGGCAAACUCUACGCCAUUGGUGGCAGGAAUUCGAUGGGAGAGAUCGACUCGGUGGAGUCCUACAACCUGAAGACAAACGAGUGGACCUUUGUGAGCAGCAUGGCCGAGUCUCACUAUGGGCACGCCGGGACGGUGCAUGGCGACAUGUUGUACAUCUCAGGCGGAAUCACCCACGACACCUUCCAGAAGGAGCUGUGGUGCUACGACCCGGCGGCGGACGCAUGGUCGCGGCGGGCGGACAUGACGGAGCUGCGGGGCCUGCACUGCAUGUGCACGGUGGGGGAUCGCCUCUUCGUCAUGGGCGGCAACCACUUCCGGGGCAGCAGCGACUACGAUGACGUCCUGGGAUGCGAAUACUACAGCCCCGCCGAGGACCAGUGGACGGUGGUGGCGCCCAUGCCGCGGGGCCAAAGCGACGUGGGCGUCACCGUCCUCCAGGGCCGGAUCUACGUCGUGGGCGGCUACUCGUGGAACAGCCGCUGCAUGGUGGACAUCGUGCAGCGGUACGACCCCGAGGGGGACGUGUGGGACCGCGUGUUUGACAUCUUGGAGCCUCUGGGCGGGAUUCGAGCCUGCACCAUGACCGUUCAUCUGCCGGAGGGCUCGGUGGACGAGGCUCAGAUCCAGGAGGGACCCUUGCCCACGGGUGAAAACUGAAAUUUGGUAGGAAUCGGACAAAAUCGGUUUCUUUGAAAGAUCCUGGUAGGAGUCACUUCAACUCAUCAUGAUGACCAAAUUUUAUGUGGCUGAGAGCAAGUGGCUCCGGGGUCGGAAUUUUUUCUCAAACGACCAAAUUUUCACCAGGAGGAACAUGCCUCAAGACGUGCCACUUUGAACCAUACGGGAAGACGUUCUACCAUAUAUCUUUUCAAGCAUGUUUUGAUGAGACUUUUUUUGUGGGUUUGCUCUCAUGAUCAACUGGACUCCCAAAUUAGACUGCUGUACAUUUACAGCAGGAGGAUCAGGCCUGCAAGAUGACCUGAAAAUGGCCACUCUGAACCAAAGGUCUUGUGUUUUCAGGCAUCAUGUCUUCAAGGCUUUUAUGGUUGUCUACUCAUGACAGACAAUCAUGCUAAAUUUUACAUUGCUAAACGAAUUUGGCUCCAGGGGCUCGAUUUUCCAAGAACUACAACACAUUUCCAGCAGGAGGAUCGUGCCUGCAAGAUGACCAUAAAAGGGCCACUGAACCAAAAUGUCAGACGUCCUGCGUCUUCAGGCAUGGUGUCUCAAAACCUACUUUUGUCGGGCUACUCAUGGUAGGCAUGCGUCUCAAAUUUCAUCGUGGUGAAUGAAUUUGACUUCAGGGGCUCGAUUUUCCACGACCUACUGACAUUAUUAACAAGUAGCAACCUUCCUGCGAGAUGACCCUAAAAUGGCCACUUUGAACCAAAUUGGCGGACUUUGGGUCUUUUUAACUCUGGCUUCUUGAGACUUUCUUGUCAGUCUGCUCAUAAAAGACACAUACCAAAUUUGGCAUUGUUAACGCGAGUCUGUCUUUGAGGGCUUAAUCCCCAACAAAUUGAACAGCCAUUACUGAUUUUGGCUGGUCACGCCCCCAAAAACACCAAAGAAACGAAGCAAUGUUCAGUCACCACCAAGAGUCGAGGAGCCUUAGGGAAUGCGAGCACCAUACUAAUUUUCCCUCAGUUUGUAAUCUAUAAUGAACAUCAUUUGUGCAGCAGUGACAAAGCUUUGCACUGUGGCUCAUUUUGACACGGUUAAGUCUGAACAUGAGCUCCGUCAUGAGUUUGGACCACUGCUAUCUUUGUGGUCACAAAACCAGUGUUUGUGUCAAUUCCCAAAAUGGUAUCUUGAUGCUAGCUGUCCCAUUUCCUGAUUUUGUCACAACAUUGUCUUCAUGCUAGGUGGCUACAUGUUAGUAUUACUAACAUCAACAUUGAGAUUUUGCUGUUAUGUUACAUAAUUCCGAUACUCAUACAUGAACAUGCUCAGUGGCUACAGCAUCAUGAACGUGAACAGUGUGAUAUUUUCUGAUUGUGUCAUGUGCCUUGGCGCUAAUUGGCUAUGCGUUAGCAUACCAGGAUGACCAAUGUUCAAUGUUCCUUAAAAAACGGGUAACCAGAACUUCCGUUCCGCAAGCUCCACUAGCGCAGAAUAUCGUGAAUGUCAACAAAGCCUCCUGUUCUAUCCAGGUGGCCAUGUUGUCUUUGUGCGUGUCAAUAAGAUGAAAAUAAGUUCGGUUUUUGGUUGCUUGACAUGUUCCCACCAUUAUGUCUUGAUGCUCGGUGAUUACAUGUCAACAUUAUCGAGCCUCAUUGUCAGAAAACUUGCGAUUUGAGUCACUCAAUGCCUACUUUUACAUUCCCAUUCCGAUACCAUCACACCAACCUGCUCAGUGGCUACAUGAUAGGAAGAUAGGAUUAUGAACAUUAACAUUCGACUAAUAACUGGCCUUGUCGCGCAUUCCCGACCCUUUUUUUCUUCAUGCUAAGUGGCUACAUGUUAGCAUGGCUAGUAUUAUGAUUUUGUCAUUUCUGUCUUUCUAUUUUAGCAAAUAAAACAUGAUGCUUUGAACAUGA